AUGUCCUUUUUCGGAAGAAGGCAGAGGGGGAAAACGUCUAAAACGCCCAAAACAAGCAGAGGCAAGCCAACAUAUGUUGAAAUAGAAGAUGGCACGAUGCAUAGAGCUAGACGAACAGCCAGACCUAAGACCAAUGAAUCAGCUGACACAUGGACCACAACUUCGAGAACGACAAGCACAAGUCAAACGAGGAAACAUGAGACUGCAAGAAAACAAAGAUCGUCUAGAGCUGCAAAUCCAAGCACAAAUCCAGAAAAGCAAUCAAAUCAACGUCCCAAAAUUACUAACGAAACAAAAAUAGGAGAAGGCGCAUUUGGCGAAGUUUGGAGAGCCAACCAUUCAGUGUAUGGGAUUGUAGCCAUCAAACGCAUGGUAGUCUCAGAUAAUGAGAUAAGGAAGAUGGCCGAAAAGGAACUACAACUGUCAAGAGAAGUUAGUGGUCAUAUUAAUAUAAUUAAGCUUCGUGAUGGCUUCAGUCGAACUAUAGACAGUGUAUCUAAUGUUAUACUAAUAUUUCAAUUUGCCCCUGGGGGUGACUUGGAAGGAAGAAUCAAGCGGAGAACACUAUAUGAGGCUGAUAGAAUAAUUGUAAUAAAAGGCUCGUUGAAUGGGCUAAGGCACAUGCAUAGUCUUGAACUUGUGCAUGGGGAUAUCAAGCCAUCAAAUAUCCUACUUAUGGGAUACGAAAACGAAGAUGUAAUAGGAAGUGAUGUGAAGUUAUCAGAUUUUGGAAUGACGUCGCGCAUUUCAAAGGACCGAUACGCAGUAUCGGUCAGUAGAUUGGGCGGAGCAGUAUCAUAUAUAGCGCCAGAGGCCUGGGAAAGUAAUCUAACUUACGGAUUAGACGUUUGGGCUCUAGGAGUUACACUUUAUGAGAUGUUCAACGGGUUGGACAGCUUCCCAGUGACCAUGCCUAAGUAA